AUGGAUCACCUUGCCGAGAUGCACGAGCUACCAGUACCUGCUCAGGAUCCGAGCGGUAGAUUUCAAUACCUCUCAGUAAUAUUGGUACUCUGCUUCUGGUUCGGUCUCAUCGACUGGCAAUUAUUACUCUUCGGGCUCCUCAUCCUCUACAUCAAUCUUAGCCCUGUGGUGGUCCAUUCACCCGAAUUCGACAUCACAGUUGCCGUGCCAAGCGGUAAAUAUAUACCUAAGGAGGUCACCACUCGUACUGACGCUCCACGAGAUAUCCGCCAGCGUCCAGUCUUAGCCCUUGAGCAAGGACCGAAUAAAUCGCUGGCGAUGGUACCUUGCCAACGACCUGCUCUACAAGGGCAAUCUACAACCCGCAGCAAGGUCCCUGAGCAUGCUUCCAGCUCCAAGAAGCAGAUGGCGGUGGUACUCCGCCCACGAAAUGCAGUCAGCAAGGUACAGGAUAGCUACCGGAAUACUGCUUCAUUGAAGCUCCUUGGAAAGGUGGAAGUCGUUUCCUCUUCUAUCAUGGGACAAGCGGGCCAAGUGACUGCAGCCACGGAUGAAAAUCGACUGGAAAACGCGGACGACGAUCAGCGUGCUCCAGUCGGUAGCCAGUCUGUCGAGGAGCCUACCGGUGUUCAGAAGCCUAUCGAGGCAGAGGAGAAGAUAGUCCUUCAACUCGAGCCUGAUACUUUUGAAAAGCCCACUGAUGGUCACACCGUGCCCGAAGAAGGUGCCGGCAGUGCCCCGACAGAGACCACUGCUAAGCAAAUCGGCAGCGCUGGAGUGGUAUCUGCAAGCAAAGACCAGUCUACCACGACAUCGAUCGUGCGCGAUUCAGGGAGGGCGCGGAAUUCGAGAAUCCGGCGUCUGGCGAAGCCCUGUGUCGCGAGGUCUCGUACCCCAGGUCUAGAGAGGUCCGUCCUUGGUAGGGUUCGCUCUCUUCGUCUGAAGAUGAUGGCCAAGAGGGCCAAAACAGUCCAACGCUUGGCGAACCAACAAGGCGUGGCUGACGGUAUCGUCGAUGUCGAUGGAGGCAUGACUGGCUUGGAAGUCGUCGAGCAGGCCGAAGUGCAGAUUCGAGGACGGGUUUCUGUGGGGGCUCAGACCAGUCAGCAAACUGGAACUGGCAGCGCUGUCGACCGUCUGGAAGUUGGGGAGUCGAUGGAAGUUUCGCCAAGUCAACACGUUGCGGAAGACAGCGUUGUUGACGUGGACCAAGCCAUGACCGACCCAGAAGUUGAAGAGAAGGAUGAAGACGGCGAUGUCAAGCUCGUCGAUGCGGAUACAGCGGAGAGCCAAGAGGCUGAACAAUUCGAUGAAGUCAUGAUCGGCUCUGAUGUCGAAGCUGAAAUGGAGGUCGACGACGAAGCGGCCGACUCGGUUGGAGAGCCAAUGGAUCUUGAAGAAGACAACCCGCAACUGGAAGCCAAGGAGGCUGGCAUUCCAGACCCUAUGCAUAUCGAGCCUCAGUACAACCUUGGCAUGGUCGACAAGGAGAAACUCCAGGACAAGAUUAGGCGUGAGAAGGCGGAAAUCGCGCUUCGACAAACGUCUACAAACGGGGCCAACAGCGGUGAGAUGGGCUCGGCUUCCGGUGGUGCUUUGGCACAGUCGAGUCAACAGCACGCAGCACCGGUCUCAACGCCACCGACUGGGAAUGCAGCCACCAGCAUAUUGCAAGGAGUUGCGCAGAACCUAACAUCUACGAACAGUGCCGCAGAUCUUAGGAGCGCGCGUCUGGGAAAGCGGCCAGAGUCAAGGCCCAUCUCGGAAAGAGUGGCGGGUCCAUCUCCCUCACCAGGAAGACUGGUGACGGAAAAUCGAGGCAAGAGAGAGUCCACCCAGUCGAUCCUGCCUCUAGUGUUGGCUCCUCCGUCAACGUCGUCGUCAGAGAAACAGGUGACAGAAGACGGAGAUACUUCAGAGUCGGUCCAAUCGAUCACGACUCCAGCAUCUACUUCUCCCUCGACAGCAUCGUCAACGCCGCCCACUUCAAGGAACGUGGCUUCAAGUAAAGGGCCUUCGAAGCCAGCUGGCGUGAAGACUGAAGAAAGUGCGUCCAAGGAGCAAAAUUGCAAACGCGGCUGCAACUUUCUGCGUGACUCGAGCAAUGACGAGAAAUUGGGUGACGAAGCGGAGAAGCCGAAGGCGAUCCAGGGUGAUCAGAGUAUGCCUGGUUCAGCAUCCCCGAAGGUUUCCCCACCGAGGAGAAUUCUGGCCAAGCCUGUGAGGCGAAUGCGAAAGGUGCAGACAGCUGACGCCAAAGUGAGCGAAGCGGAGGACGAUCGGAAGAUGUCAGCUUCAAGAACGGCACCUGCUCCUCAGCCAACAGAGGAUGCUCCGGCGGAGUCCUCCAAGAAAGCUCGAAGUGGGCCUACGGAUGACGGGGCGUCUGAUCAAGAGGUCGCUCCUCUGAACGACAUCCCGGAUGAUAGGGGCCAGCUGGAGUACACGUCGCAGGUCCUCGAAGUGGCCGCAGCCAAGUGGGAUGAGGAGGGGCAUAGUGACGCCGACGACGACGACGACGAUUGA